AUGCAAGCACCAGCCACACCCGUGAAUACCGCGUCAUACAGAGUCGUAUAUCUGCCCGUCUCCGCGAACUGCAUCGACUCUAUCCGAUACGAGAAAGUGAAGACAGGGGUCUAUGCCGCCCCCGGCGCCCUCGGCAUCGCCCUAAUGGCAUGCACGACGCAACGACACUAUUUCCUAUUUCUCCCUCGAGACCAUGAGCGAGCGGGAGAGACAGGGAGAAAGAGACAGAGAGGCAGCAAAAGAAAGAAAGGUCCUGCCAAGAAACGCCGGAUGAAGGAGAAAGAAGCACCACACUCGCCGAAUCCCGUGGGGCCAUGGAUCUCGACCGAUCGCAACGACAGAACAGGAGGGACGGACACAGACGGGUCCACCGAUCUCACGACGGCCCCAUCCCUCGCACUUCAUUCUUCAAACUCCCCCUCCGCCCCAUCCCUCCUCCUCGUCCGAAACCCAGACGAAAGCAGUCCCCGUCCCACCAAUCCAGAAGAGACAGGUCGAGUGUACGCGACGAAGGGAGAUUCAUCGAUGUCAAAAUACGCCGUCGCUUCCCCAUCCGAAUAA